GUCAAUUUCCUUGCAUAAUUAAUUGAUUAUGCAUAUUGAUAUUCAUUAAUAUUCUCUCUCUCACAUCCCCCCCCCCGUUCCUUUCGUCCCAUGUAUGUUUGAUUGACAUCGGACUUUUAUUACAACCUUACACACUGAUCAGCAUCUGUCUUACUUCAUCUGAUCAUCAACACUUCCAUCCUCGAUAUAUGGGAUGAAUUGGUAACAAUACACUCAUUACCCCCAGUUAUCAAAAAUAUCGCUUCUCAGUCAAGAGACCUUAGUUUGAUGUAGUCCAUCUCAUACUCCGCAUCUCCACCUUUCCUCGUCUUCUCACCUCCCCCUCCCUUGACUCUUCAAACGAACAUGGAUACUCAAUCAUGUAGAAAGUUCUAUAGCAAAUCUAGCCCAACAUCUCUGUUCAUGCAGCUUUCUUAUCAUUUCUCUUCAAAGUCAUUCCUUCAACUAUCGCCAACCUCGGGGGUACAUGGGGAUUUGCGGAGAAGCUAUGAAGUGUUGUUAUUAUUAUGUGAUUUGCAGCAUGAAUACAGUAUACACUAUCGUAUUACAGAUCUCGGUUUCAAAUCACAACAUCAAUAACACCGAGAUUUCUAUCCCGUUGAAGGGCGACUCUGCCAGAAACAUAGGAACAAAGUGGAGAAGACAUCUUCUUCACCCUCAUCUUCUUCAUCCUCCAUCUUCUCCCGUGAUACCAGGUCUAUGAAUCUACAUGUCUCACUCACACACUCAAGCUUUCAUAUGUGAAUAUGAUGAUAGCAUUUCAUGUUCUCUCACCAUCAUAAUAGCCAGCCAUCUCAUUCAAUCUCACUUCUUUUCCUUGGUCUCUAGUCUAGUCGAGAUGACAUUUGAUCCAUGGGGAAUGACUGAGCUCAAUUUGAGAGUCUCAACGUUAUUCUGCGGGCCUUCACAUCAUACGGUCUUCAAGUCCAAAUGCUCAAUAUACUAGGGAGUUCGAUUCAAUACCUACGAACUUUUAUAUUACCACUGCUAGGUAAUAUUAUUAUUGUACCUCGAGAUGUAUUCCCACCAUUAUUUGAUUCCAUCUCCAUCUCCAUCCCAUUCGAACUCUUUUACUGAGAUUCCUUUCCCAUCCAUUUCCCUAUAGACCAUUAUCUUUUCUCCCAUACAUUCAUACCAACCACUUCAUCCCAACUUCUUGACUCAGCUGGUCUUUUCCUCCACCACUAAAAGUCCAAGCGUCAUUUGCGCUUAAGCCAAAUUUUGAUUACGGUGAACGGAAGAACCCUGAUAUGACGCAUUACUUAGUAAGUUUCAUUCGUUCCAGUUAUUUCAUAAGACCCAAUCCGGUUUCUAUUCUUCACUUGUUCCACUCAUUCCUCAGCUCAGUCAUUUCUCAGUCAUCUUUCCCCCAAUUUUCCAUUCAAAUUAUUUUGAUAUAAAUCCAAUAAUAAUGAAUACUUUAUCACUUCAACCUUAUCGUCUCCCCAACAGCCAUAUCAGUAUCAAAGUUCUUGCAGAAGGGGCUGCAAAUGUUAUAUAUCAAAUCACGCUUGAUCCAGGAUCACAAGACAUUGCCGAACUGGACAAGGGUCAUCAAGAAUUAGAAUAUCUCUCUGGAAAAUUAUUACGUCUUCGGAAAGAUGUUCCCACUACAGCCCCAACUUCAGAUUCCCAUCAGCAAUGGCUCGGAUAUAUCUUACCCCUAUUCGAACCAGAACAAUUAGUUACCCAAGAGUUGGUCUACAUCGGUCAUCUCAACGUGAUUCCUGGAUUAAACACCGAUCUCAGACGUUUUGAUAAUCCCGGUGGUACAACUACCCCGAACCAUCUCGCCCCACCACCCAAAGGGAAAUUUUAUCGUUCAAGAGCACAAAGUGGUACCUUCUUAGCGAAAGACGAUUAUGGUCUUUUGGUAACAGAUAUGACACCCAGGAAAUCAUUACAAGAAACCGUCGUAGAAUUUAAGCCAAAAUGGCUCUCUCCAUCCCAUGAAAUGCCAUCUCAAGCCAUAAGAUGUCGUACUUGUGCACUUCACGCACGUCGGAUUGCUUUUGGAGAAGAAAGAAAAAAUACUGAUCUUCAAUCAUAUCUCUGUCCACUCAAACUUACCGAUGACCACCCCAAGUUAAAGUUUGCAAACUAUGAGGCAUCCGCUUCACACAUAUUACACAAAACUCGUGAAUCCCCUGCCGUUCAAUCACUUGCAAAAUGGAUCCACGAAAAUCCGUUGUUAAAACGGCUUCGCGAUCUCCAAACAGAGUAUGAUGGUAAAGGAUCGUUGAAGUCGGAAAAGGCAUCGCAUGAACUUUGCGUGGCCAUGACCCUCAGAGAUUGUUCGUUAUACAUUCGUAUGGAUAAAAAUUCACAGGUUGUAGAAGCUCGUUUGGGAGAUCUCGACUAUAAAUCGGCUAGUAAAUAUUCUUCGUGGAGGAAGAAAGAACAGGAAUUGGUUGAUGAGGGGUGGUAUUGUGGUGAAGAAAAGAAGGAAUUGAAACAACCGGUUGACGAGUGUCUGUUGUCGAGAAAGAUUUGAGUUGUGUGGAAUUACUUUUGAUACUACCGGCUGGAGAGAGUGUCUGAUGAGAAAUUUGAAUGAGUUGGGUAUUCGAUAUUAGCAAAGCCUGUUUUCAUUAUUGCAGGCUGCAUUCUGAAACUCAAGAACUCUGAAUCUCCGGAAACAACUAAAGAUUCGAGAUACACUCAACCUCGUCGAUCACUCGAAUCUACUAGUCACAUUCGACCAGCGAUAGAUAUGAUCAUCGAGCCGCAGUCGUAGCAUCGGAUACCCUAACAGAUGGCAGUUCGUGCGAGUGGGAAUAAUGUUUAAUGGAGUUUGACAUAGAUGGUUGGGAAGACGGGCUAGAUAAUCUUAAUGAGAAAUACCUCUUCAUCUUUUGGCACUAUGACUCUAGCGUAUCUGCUAUGAGAUACGUGAUGAGGGAAUUGGAUAUUUGGGUGCAUUUGUAUACCUACUUAUUAGAGAAGACAAGGGGUGUGAAGUUUUUCGAUAUUUUUUUGGAUGUACAUGUCAGGGUGGUUCCAUGAUUCAUAUUCUAUGUUUUAUAUUUUAAAUGGGAGUGAUCCGACUCAUAUUGUGAA